AUGUAUCAUGCAAAUCAGGCCUAUUACAACGGCCAAGAUAGCAACUAUGAGGAGGGUAAUGCGGGCAUGGCCUGGUCGCAGAAUAAUGCCACAACCGAAGGCUUCAACUUCAACAGGUUUCUUCAGGAUCAACAGCAUCUCCUUUUUCCUGCUACGGGACUUCUUCCGGCAGGAAACACUUAUCUGCCUUUUCAGGGCGAACCGCACUAUCUCGAGGAAGUAGAAGAAGAUGAGAACGAAGCAACGGACUAUGAGGACUUGCAGCCAGAGCAAGAACAAUGGCAUCAUCCUGAAGGUCCACACUCGCGUAACGCUUCGUUGGGUUUCAAUGGUGCAGUAAGUCGCGAAACUUACAACGCUCAGUCUUUCAAUUCGAACAAUCAACGCGUUGAGACACCCCACAAUGAUGAGUACGAGCCAGAAAACCCAAUGAUUACGCAGGUGCUCCGCAAACCGGAAAGGCAACAUAAACAGACAAGCACUGUCGAUAAAGCGGCGGAACUGAGGGCUAAAGUGCUGGCAAGCCGAACACACAAACAAGGCACCCCAAACCGGGAUAAGAAGCAGGAACUCGGGCAGAAGGACAAGGCGCCUGAGGCUGGAGAAGCUCCCACAGCUGUACCAGCCACACGGACACACUCAGUCACGGACCUCGACGGACUCAUUGCUGAAGAAAGGGCGGCCGCUGAGACAAAAGCUCAACAAGAUGGCGCCUUUCAAGCUAUGAGUUCUGGGCCCACUAGAUCAGUGGCAGAGCCCGCAACAUCAUUUGCUGAAGAAGCCCAUCAGAGAGAUCUUGCGGCAGCCCUUAACGGCCAUGCUGGUACGGAGCGUGCUUCGGGAUCACAGUUGAACGCUGCGUCGCACGAAACAACAUCACCGACGCCGCAGGAGACAAUUGAAGCGCUUCGGCGAGACCAUGACGCGCAUGCACAAGUUUCAUUGAGAGCUACAACAGAUCCUAGCAGUAACGGGAGCGCAGGUGGGAACUGUUCGGAAAUACUUUCAUCACAUAAAGACAGGCCGUUGGCCGCUCGAAGACAAGAAAAAGUUGCUGACGGCCAUCCACAGCUUCGCUCCGGCUUGGAAACACAGAAGUAA